AUGGCUUUUCUUGUGGAGAGGUGCGGGGAGAUGGUGGUGUCGAUGGAAAUGAGCUCGGCGGCCGCGGCACACGGUGGCGGCGGGAAGCCGGUGCCGGCGCCGUUCUUGACCAAGACGUACCAGCUGGUGGACGACCCCUGCACCGACCACAUCGUGUCAUGGGGGGAGGACGACGCCACCUUCGUCGUCUGGAGGCCGCCCGAGUUCGCCAGGGACCUCCUCCCUAACUACUUCAAGCACAACAACUUCUCCAGCUUCGUCCGGCAGCUCAACACCUAUGGUUUCAGGAAGAUAGUGGCCGACAGAUGGGAGUUCGCUAACGAGUUCUUCAGGAAAGGAGCGAAACACCUCCUCGCCGAGAUCCACCGGAGGAAGUCGUCGCAGCCACCUCCGCAGCCGCUGGUGCCGCACAAUGGUGCCUACCACCACCAUCACUACCACCUCGGCAACACCUUCUCGCCGCCUCCGCCUCCGGCCACUCAUCAUCACCACCACCAGCCGGUGCUGUACCACCAGCACUUCCAAGAAGAGCCAGCCGCCACCGCUGCCACGGCUCACGGCGGCGUUAGCAGCAAUGUUGGCGGUGGCGGGGACUUCAUGGCCGCGCUGUCCGAGGACAACCGCGAGCUGCGGCGGCGCAACUCGCUGCUGCUGUCGGAGCUCGCGCACAUGAAAAAGCUUUACAACGACAUCAUCUACUUCCUGCAGAACCACGUGGCCCCCGUCACGAGCCCCUCGUUGUCGGCGGCAGCGUCGCAGCGGCACAUGCUACUCCCUGGCGCUGGCGCAGCGUCUAACUCAUGCAGGCUGCUGGAGCUGGACCUUGACCGACCGGACUCCCCGGCGGCGAGGGCAGAUGACGGGGACACGGUGAAGCUGUUCGGCGUGGCGCUGCACCACGGCAAGAAGAAGCGGGCGCACCAGGAAGAGCGCGGCGACGCCGUCGUCCAUGACAUGGGAAGCGAGGUCUAG